AAAAAACACCCUAAAGCGCACAUUAUAAAGAUUCUCGCUGCGCCUCAUCUCCAUAUUCUCGCUGCCGCCUCAUCUCCAUAGCCGUUUGCUCACAACAACAAUCGCAGAGAUGGCACCUCCUCGAGGUCGUGGUGGUAGCGGUGGUGGAUUCAGGGGCAGGGGUGAUGGAGGGAGAGGUGGAAGAGGAGGAGGCAGGUUUGGUGGUGGUGGAAGAGGCGGUGACAGAGGUGGUAGUGCCUUUAAAAGCCGUGGCGGAGGACGUGGCGGUGAUCGUGGAGGCCGUGGAGGAAGAGGCCGUGGGGGGGGAAGGGGAGGAAUGAAGGGUGGAAACAAAGUUGUGGUCGAGCCUCACAGACAUGAAGGGGUGUUCAUUGCCAAGGGUAAAGAAGAUGCUCUUGUAACUAAGAAUAUGGUGCCCGGGGAAGCUGUCUACAACGAGAAGAGGAUAUCUGUUCAGGAUGAGGAUGGAACAAAAGUUGAAUAUAGAAUUUGGAACCCUUUCCGUUCUAAGUUGGCUGCUGCUAUUCUCGGUGGUGUUGAUGAUAUAUGGAUUAAACCUGGUGCUCGUGUUCUCUACCUUGGUGCUGCUUCUGGCACCACAGUGUCUCAUGUGUCUGACAUUGUUGGCCCUACUGGAGUUGUUUAUGCAGUGGAGUUUUCUCAUAGAAGUGGCAGAGACUUGGUAAACAUGGCAAAGAAGCGCACGAAUGUUAUACCCAUUAUUGAAGAUGCCAGACAUCCAGCUAAAUAUCGUAUGCUUGUUGGCAUGGUUGAUGUGAUAUUUUCUGAUGUUGCACAACCUGAUCAGGCUAGGAUUGUAGCAUUGAAUGCGUCGUAUUUUCUGAAAGCUGGAGGUCACUUCGUUAUCUCAAUUAAGGCCAAUUGCAUUGAUUCAACCUCGCCUGCGGAAGCAGUGUUCCAACAGGAGGUGAAGAGGCUGCAGGCAGAUCAGUUUAAGCCUAUGGAACAAGUCACUCUUGAACCUUUCGAGCGCGACCAUGCUUGUGUUGUUGGUGGCUAUCGUGUACCAAAGAAGUCAAAAACUGCUGCUUAGAAUUGUUGGCCAUGUAUAUUAUGAUCACCCAUGAGCAGCAUGGUUUGAUAAGUUAUCCUUUCUAGUUUUAACUACUUGCUAGUUAGAGUUGCCUAUUAUGUAGUUCCGAACUCAUGGUCCAAGUUUGAGACAAUUUUGCUUUUUAUACAAUGGUUCCGUUUCAUCAUUUGGUGGAAUGCAAAAUUUGUUGUAUUAAUGUUGCA